UAUGAGAGUGGUGUCAUCAGAGUAGCGCAGGUUACUGAUGUUUCUUCCUCCUACUUUAAAGCGAUGCUCAUCUUCCAGUCCAGCUUCUCUCAGUAUAUGUUCAGCAUAUAACCUGAAUAAAUAAGGAGGAAGUAUACAGCCUUGUCUUACUCCUUUGCCAUUCUGGAACUAAGGUUAAUUAAGGUUGUUAAUUUCUUUUAGCAGAAGCUAAACAAGGCUAUUCCGUGAUGAUCCCAUCACUGUUCCCUUCCUUUUCAGCAUACUGUAUCAGACGUGUUGGGCUGGGUGGAUGGAAUGUAUGUGUGUACACACAUGCAUGGAAAUGCCAGAGGUUGAACCUAGGAGCUUCUGCAUGCAAAACAUGUUCUCUACCACUGAGCUAUGUAUCCUCUACAUUCUAUGCAUGUAGAAUCAACACAUAUGAGGAUGCAGAACUGCAGAGUCAAGCUCCACCCCUCAACCAAUUUGCAUUCUGUCUAUGCGCAUAUCACAUUUGAAAAUUGCUGUAGAAAUUCUGAUUCUGUAUCUCUGUCCAGAUCAAAGUUGCACAGACAGUAGGCAGUUCUACACUCCUCCUCUCCCUUGCCUACUCCGGAGCCUGGGUCCUCCUCCUCCUGCCGAAGUCACCGGCGUCAAGAGGCAAAUUCCUCUGCAAAAGAUUUCCCAGCAGAUUCAACUAUUGAGACAUGGCACAAGGAAAUAAUUAUGGACAGAGCAGCAAUGGGGUGACUGAUGAAUCCCCAAAUAUGUUGGUGUACAGAAAGAUGGAGGACGUCAUAGCACGUAUGCAGGAUGAAAAAAAUGGGAUUCCCAUUCGCACAGUCAAGAGCUUUCUUUCCAAGAUUCCCAGUGUCUUUUCUGGUUCAGACAUUGUUCAGUGGUUAACGAAGAAUUUAUCUAUAGAAGAUCCAGUGGAAGCCCUUCAUUUGGGAACAUUAAUGGCAGCCCAUGGUUAUUUCUUUCCUAUCUCAGACCAUGUUCUAACACUGAAGGACGAUGGCACCUUUUACCGGUUCCAAACACCAUAUUUUUGGCCAUCCAAUUGUUGGGAGCCGGAAAACACAGAUUAUGCGGUUUACCUCUGCAAGCGAACAAUGCAAAACAAAGCACGGCUUGAGCUAGCAGACUAUGAAGCAGAAAGCUUGGCCAGGUUACAGCGAGCAUUUGCACGGAAAUGGGAGUUUAUUUUUAUGCAAGCAGAAGCACAAGCAAAAGUGGACAAGAAAAGGGACAAAAUAGAGAGGAAAAUCCUUGAUAGCCAGGAGAGAGCAUUUUGGGAUGUACACCGGCCAGUGCCUGGAUGUGUAAAUACUACUGAAGUUGAUAUUAAAAAGUCUUCUAGAAUGAAAAAUCCUCACAAAACAAGAAAGUCUGUCUAUGGAUUACAAAAUGAUAUUCGAAGUCACAGUCCUACACACACACCAGUGCCAGAAACUAAACCACCCACAGAAGAGGAAUUGCGUCAAGAGAUAAAAUGUGGGCAAAUACAGCUAGAUAGACAUCGAUUAAAAAUGUCAAAGGUUGCAGAGAGUCUAUUAGCUUUUACCGAGCAGUAUGUGGAGUACGAUCCAUUUCUGGUGCCAUCUGACCCAUCAAAUCCCUGGUUGUCAGAUGAUACUACGUUCUGGGAAGCAGAAGUAAGUAAAGAACCACAUCAGCAAAGGGUAAAGCGGUGGGGCUUUGGCAUGGAUGAAGCCCUGAAAGACCCAGUGGGAAGAGAACAGUUCCUAAAAUUCCUGGAGUCCGAAUUCAGCUCAGAAAACUUAAGGUUCUGGUUAGCAGUUGAAGAGUUGAAGAAGAGGCCAAUAAGGGAAGUCCCUGUCAGAGUACAGGAAAUCUGGCAAGAAUUUCUUGCUCCCGGAGCACCGAGUGCCAUUAACCUAGAUUCAAAAAGUUACGACAAAACUACACAGAAUGUGAAGGAACCAGGGCGGUAUACAUUUGGUGAUGCUCAGGAGCACAUUUACAAAUUGAUGAAAAGUGAUUCAUAUCCACGUUUUAUACGAUCCAGUGCCUACCAGGAACUACUACAGGCCAAGAAGAAGUUUGGAAACACAUUGGAUCGCCGAACAUCUUUUGAGAAAUUCACACGCAGUAUGGCAUUACAGACUCCAAGGGACUCGCUAACCUUUCGAUGCCUCCAUUUUGAAAACACUCUGCUCACUUUCGCCUUCAUAUCAAGCUGGAUCUGUGUCUUUUUAUUUUCUGCAAGCUCAAGUACAGUGAAAAAAGCUUCCGUUAGGCACAGUUUAUUUACAGUUACUGUCAGUCACAAACUGGAGGAAAUGUUAAAAAAAAUGAAUAUAUUAAUAAAUAUAUCUACUAUGGCAUCACAGCUAUUGCACAAAAAAUUAGCACAGAAGGCUUCAUCUCACAGAUGUAUUCACAUUGAGGAAGAAAACCUGUGUCUUUUGUCUGUUGUCUGUAUAUUCUAUGUUAAUGUUUCUUGCAUUUAUUUUUAUACCAUAUUUUACGAAAAAGAGAACACCUUUUACUCCAAAUGUAUUAAAGUUGAUCCUUUCUCUGUAAAUUUGUGUAUGUUUAUAUCGUUGUUUGAUCUUUCAUUAAAAAUAUGCAGAAUCUCUUCCCGUUGGUAAGUUUAAGCUUAUUGG